UUGUUGUUGUUGUUGUGUAGGAACGAGGAGGUGCUCUGUUUCUUUUGUUGUUGUUGUUCAUGUGCUCGGUUCCGAGGCCAUCCUGCCCUGUAUUCAUUUGCACACCUCUUUCCCUUCAUUUUCACACCUCUUUCCCUUCAUUUGCAUCUGACUUUCCAUUCACCCUUCUCUUCCUCUGACUCUUGAAAUUCCGGUUUUAUUGAGCCGCUCCUGGCUUCAUUUGGUGAAUUGUAGGUCCUUCACGACACGAGCUAGCUUAGAUGAUUUUCUCCUCAUCCUGCAGAAUUUUUAUCAAUCGCUGCUGGUAGAAGUGUAGGAAAUCGUGUCAGUUCUUUUGGUCAUCUGAUUUUUUAGUAACUGGAUGUAGUUUUUGAAGUAGUCUGAAGUGUCGUUUUGGUUUAGCGAUUUGACGGACCCUAACCUUGAAGACCGUCAAUGUGAAAUUGCGGUUGUAGGUAGUUUCAUAAGCGAAAUUAGGAGGGGGAGAAGGGGAACACCUUUCGGGCCACUGCUUCCAGCCAUGGGAAAAGGCGAGUCCUCUUCAAAGAAAGUGAUCACUAAAGAAGAAUGGGAGAAAAAACUUAGUGAGGUCAAAAUUCGGAAAGAAGAUAUGAACAGAUUGGUGAUGAAUUUUUUGGUCACUGAAGGCUAUGUCGAGGCAGCUGAGAAAUUUCAGCACGAGUCUGGGACUCAACCAGACAUAGAUCUUGGCACCAUUACUGAUCGCAUGGCUGUACGAAAGGCUGUGCAGUGUGGGCAAGUGGAAGAUGCCAUCGAGAAAGUCAAUGACUUAAAUCCAGAGAUUCUCGACACGAAUCCACAGCUAUUUUUCCACUUGCAACAGCAACGGCUUAUUGAAUUGAUUCGCGCAGGCAAAGUUGAAGAAGCUCUAGAGUUUGCCCAAGAAGAGCUGGCCCCACGGGGAGAAGAGAAUCAUGCAUUUUUGGAGGAGCUGGAACGCACUGUAGCUUUACUUGCCUUCGAUGACGCUUCGACCUGCCCAGUUAAGGAGGUGAAAGAGCUUCUUGACAACGCACAGCGUCAAAAAACAGCCAGUGAAUUGAACGCUGCUAUUCUCACUAGCCAAAGCCAUGAGAAAGAUCCAAAAUUACCGAGUUUGCUGAAGAUGUUAAUAUGGGCGCAAAACCAGCUUGACGAAAAAGCUUCUUACCCUCGAAUCAACGACCUUGUGAAUGCAACCCUCGAGGAACCUGUGACAUAACCUACAUCUGACUAGCUUAUUUCGCUGAAGCUCAAAAUUUUUCCUUACCCUUAACGAUUUGUUGCUUUAUGUCUUCCCCAAUUUGAUACCUGCAAAUGGUCACUUUCAGUUUUCUUAGCUCUUCGUUCCUCUGUUCAAAAAAUUGUUUCCAACAGUCUUAUUGUUAACAAGCUGAUCAGACGUUCAGGAAAAUAUGCCCUUCCCUGUCUUCUGUCUUUUCAUGAUAUUUGUGUAGUCUUGUACAUUUUUUCAUGAAAUUGAUAGUGUCCUUUUAGGUGUUUAUAGAAUCGAAGUUAUUUUACAACAGAGAAUGCAAUUUAGCUCAACACAAUGGGCUCUGAAUGCUAUAAGUUGCUUUUUUUUUUUUUUUUUUUUUUUCUGUUGUGCUUACAACUGAUUGAUGGAAGAGCAAUGGAGAGAACCAUGUGAAAGGCUCAUUAGUCUUGAGAUCUGUACGACAUUUAAGUGUUAAUGUUCUUGAGAGUGGAAGAACAUAAUGAAAUACACUUAUAUGUCCCUUGCCAUAAUCCAAAUGUUGUCAUUGUUAUA